AUGCAUCCUUAUCUCCUCCUCUUAGCCCCUGCCCUUCUUCUCGCAGUCCAGCUGCUGAUCAGGCUUUAUCAAAUCUUGGCUUCCCCAUUGGCGUCAGUCCCUGGGCCUUGGCUAGCACGAUUCACGGAUCUUUGGUACGCUUGGCGAAUCAACAGAGGCCAAUUCGAGCGUGACAAUAUCGCUCUACAUCAGAAACAUGGCCCAAUCGUCCGUUAUGGUCCAAAGAGAUAUAGCAUUUGCGAUCCUCUCGCUGCCAAGGUCAUCUACGGACAUGGCGGCGCUUUCCUUAAGUCGUCCUGCAUGUCUUCACUAGUUAACUACGAGCACUAUGUCGACGAGUGCACAAGGCUGUUUCUGCAGAGACUGUCGGAGAUGAGUGGUCGGCAGGGCACUGCUGAACCUGUUGACAUGGGGCAUUGGUUCCAAUGCUACGCCUUUGACGUGAUUGGAAUGAUCACUUACUCAAAAAGACUUGGCUUCCUUGAUCACGGUCAGGAUGUCGGAGAUAUCAUCAAAAACCUUGAAAAUCAUCUGUACUACGCGACCGAGAUCGGUGUAUACCCGUCUCUGCAUCAGUACCUCGCACCCAUCAGGAACCGGCUCGGGAAACGCGGCACAGGACGGCAUUAUAUCGUCGAGUUCACCAAGCAGUGUCUGGCAGACCAUCAGUCUAAUCCAAAGGCGAUUAUCUCUGAUGACCUCGAUAGUGCCUCUGAAUAUCAUGGCACCAUGGAUUUUCUUUCUAAGUUCAUUGCUAAGAACACAGCCGAUAACUCCUCAUUUACGCAGUAUCACGUCCUUGCCGGCUGCGUGGCGAACAUGGUCGCAGGCUCGGAUACUACGGCGAUAAGCCUCAGUGCCAUUCUAUAUCAUCUUCUCCGCAACCCAGACAAGUUGCGAAUUCUGCGAGAGGAGAUUGAGGGAUUCUUUUCCAACAAGACCGGUCCUGCGACGAGCAUCAACUUCCAAGACAGUCUUGGCCUUCCAUACCUUCAGGCAGUUAUUAAAGAAGCCCUCAGGAUGCAUCCAGCAACUGGCUUACCUAUCGAGAGAGUUGUGCCUAAGGGAGGAGCUGCCAUCAGCGGGAAAUUCUUCCCAGAAGGGGUGAGAGGGCAUCUGUGUUCCGCCAAUGGGAUAACGCUAAUCACCGAAACAGACCAUCCAAUCUUUGGCCAAGACGCCAACUCGUUCAGACCAGAACGCUGGUUGACUACGGAUGCGGAUCAGCUAUCAAAAAUGAGCCGACACUGGAUGCCCUUUGGCUUGGGGUCCCGAACAUGUAUCGGAAGACACAUCUCAACGUUAGAGAUCUCUAAGAUGAUUCCACGGUUGCUGCAUGAGUUUGACUUUGAGCUUCGAGGGGAUAAACCGUAG